UAAACUCGCUGGUAGCUAGUAACUAGGGUGGCGGCGUCAAUGAUAGUUUCCGAGUGUUGAGACUUGACCAGUACCCAACACAGCACACAACACACACACAGACCAGCGCACACUUCCGUCCCUUCGGUGCUCUCUGUGCUCUUUCUUUGUCUCUUUCACCUGUCGACGCAAAGGGAAAUCAGCGCUCGAAUCACUCACGCACUCGCUCGGCGCAGUUGGUCCGCUCAGCAGACUCGACGACAACGAUACAGACACAUCGAUUCGGGCCCCCGCCGAGGCUAGAAUCAGAACAAGAAAACCUACACCUCGUACAAUAUGCCCACCUUUACAGUGUUCAAGGGCGGCGAGGGCGGCAAGCCUAAGGAGAGCACGACAACCAAGCCAGAUCAGCUCGUCGGCGACAACGUCCUCGUCAAGGUCACCGCGUCGGGCGUGUGCGGAACGGACUUGCAUUAUCUCACACAAGACAUGGUCCUCGGCCACGAGGGCGUCGGCAUCGUGCAAGACCUCGGCCCCGACGUCAAGUUCCUGCGCCGCGGGCAGCGCGUCGGCUGGGGCUACGAGACCAACAGCUGCGGGCACUGCAUGGAGUGCCUGCAGGGCGAGGAGACCUUCUGCCCGCAGCGCGUCAUGUACGGCAUGCCCGCGAGCGCCGACCAGGGCAGCUUCGCCGCGGGGGCCGUCUGGCGCGAGGCCUUCCUCCACCCGCUCCCCGACGCGCUCCCCGACGAGCACGCCGCGCCCCUGCAGUGCGGCGGCGCCACCGUCUUCACCGCCCUGCAGGGCGUGAGGCCCGGCGAGACGGUCGGCGUCAUGGGCGUCGGCGGGCUCGGGCACCUGGCCAUCCAGUUCGCCGCCAAGAUGGGCUGCCGCGUCGUCGUGCUGUCUGGCUCGGAGAGGAAGAAGGGGCAGGCGCUUGAGCUUGGUGCCCAUGAGUUCGUCGCCAUGUCUGCUGCGGGCCGCAGCAGCAACAAGAACAACAAGGACGGCCAGCAGCAGCAGCAACAGCAGCAGAACGGGGAGCACGACGAGCUGGAAAUCAAGUCCCCCAUCAACCGCCUCCUCGUCACCACAUCCGCCCAACCCCAGUGGGACGUGCUCCUCCCCCUGCUCGCGCCGCGGUCGCAAAUCUACCCGCUGUCCGUCGACGGCGGCAACUUCGAGUUCCCCUACAUGCCCAUCCUGGCCAAGGGCAUCCGCAUCCAGGGCGUCAUCGUCGCCACGCGCGCCGUCCACCGCGAGAUGCUCGACUUUGCCGCCUUCCACGACGUCAGGCCCAUCGUCGAGAAGUUCCCCAUGACCGAGGAGGGCAUCGCCGCCGCGCUGGACCGCCUGGAGAAGGGGCAGGUCACGUAUCGGGCGGUACUGAUGGCUCAGUGAGGAAGGAGAUAAAAGAAAGAGGCAGGGGUCUCUAUCGGAAGCUAGAGCAAAAGGCCUUGCGGGAGAACCACCAACAAAGGGGAUUCGUGGCUCUGUAUGCUGGGAAGGCAGAACAAGACUUGGCGAGUAUAUCAGCAGCAC